UUCUGAACAAACUUUUUGCGUAAUUGAUGUCAGUACGGUCGAACUCUCCUAAAGACUCGCAUAACGAUACCUCAUCAAUUCUGAAUGCAGUACGAGAAACCUGUGCGAAUGGAGAAGGCUGAUGAAGCAGAAAGUCCCAAAGAUGCAUGGAUGAUACGUCCAUGUGAAAUUUAUGAUGAUGAAUAUAGCGACUGUGCCAGCUUUAAAGCAAGAUUUCAUCAAUAUUUCGUUUUCGGAAAAUUCGUUGACUGUUCUCAGUGGAAACACGAUUACGAAAACUGUGUCCGCUGGAGAGACAGCAAAAAUUUUAAAGCAUGCGAUGAGUUAAUAAAAAGCGAGAAGAAGCGCCGAUAUGAACGCUUGAAGGCACAUAUCGACAACGACAUUUGGGAGAAAAGGGAUGCACCUCCAGAAGACUGGAAUAAACCUCUUCCAGAAUGGAUGCAGAAUGAGUACAAAGACACGUACUUAGCACAUAAAGCGAAAGAAUUUAAUGAUCCAAAAGCUUUCAAAGAACCAGAAAGAACAUUGUGUGUGAUAUCGUGAAAUUUACUUAAACCAAUAGUUAAACUGACUGUCGCUCAUUAUUAUAGUGUGAAAGGGUUCAUGUUGUCCACGUGGAAAAAAUUAGCCUCCACUAAAUAAUUUUAGCGAACAAAUAAAUUAUUAAAACCUA